AUGCAACAGAAGGCCUUUGAAGAAAGCGGAUACCCCUGGCAGGAGUCCUUUGAGAAUGUUGCUGUGUGCUUGCCAUUCCGCUGCCCGAGGUGCGGAGACCAUACCAGAUUUAGAAGCUUGUCAUCCUUAAAGGCCCAUCUGGAAUUCAGUCACAGCUACCAGGAAAGAACCCUCCUGACGAAAUGCAGCCUCUUUCCAUCCCUCAAACACACAGAUCUAGUCACUUCCUCGGAACCCCUGAAACUGGGGAAAUUGCAGAGCUGCGGCAGCGUGGUGAAGCAGAAACCCAGCUAUGUUAACUUGUACAGCUUUGCACACGAACACUGCAAGGACAGGAAGCCAUGCGAGGUGGUGGCCGAGAGGCCCGUGUCCUACGUGCAGACCUACACCGCAGUGGACCUCUGUGCCGACUCGCUGGAUGGGCCGAGGGCUGGUCCCGGACUCCCCACCUCCGACACCAAAGCUGCUUUCGAGGCCCACGUCCGAGAAAAAUUCAAUCGGAUGGUCGAGGCCGUGGACAGGACCAUCGAGAAGAGGAUCGACAAACUCACCAAAGAGCUGGCCCAGAAAACUGCAGAACUGUUGGAAGUCCGGGCCGCUUUUGUCCAGCUGACUCAGAAAAAGCAGGAAGUUCAGAGACGAGAGCGGGCCCUGAAUAGACAGGUGGACGUGGCUGUGGAGAUGAUCGCGGGGCUGAGGCAACGCCUGACAGAAUCGGAGGAGGAGCUUCUCAGGAAAGAAGAAGAAGUUGUAACAUUCAACCAUUUCCUUGAAGCAGCAGCUGAGAAGGAGGUUCAAGGGAAAGCUCGGCUCCAGGACUUUAUUGAGAAUCUGUUGCAGCGGGUGGAACUGGCGGAAAAGCAGUUGGAGUACUAUCAGAGCCAGCAGGCCUCAGGCUUCUGCCGGGGCAUCAGCGAGCAUGUGCUUACAGAUAGCACUUCAAAUAGGAAACCCAAAUGCCUAAGCCGAGGACACCCACAUUCAGCGUGUAACCACCCCGAUCUCAAGACUCAUUUUCAUCCAAAGGGAAGGAGCUACCUGAAAAAAGCCAAGGAGGAGAGGGCCAGCAUGCAGCCUGCUAAGUCCAUUCACGACCAGGCCGACACCCCACGAGAACUCUGCAGACCGCUGAAGAAAGGGGAGCCUCUGGGAUUAAGUCGGAAAGGCAACAUCAGGCCCAAAAUGGCCAAGAAAAAGCCAACAGCGCUCGUGAACAUCAUCUAAAAGGGACAUAAAACACA